AUGGGUGCAGGGCGAUUCUCAAAGUCGAAUAUUGUGGGCUCAUGGUAUAGCUCUUUCGUGGUUGAUUAUCUACUUUCAUUAGCGACGGAGUUCAAUUACGGUGUCGCAUAUAUGUAUCUCGAAUUCCAGGAAAGCACCCGACAAGCUUCCCAGAGCCUUCUUAGUUGUUUGAUCAGACAGCUUGCCGACCAAAACAAGGAAGUGCUGACCUACGUUAAAUCCCGAUAUAAACAAUUUGAAAUAGAGAAUCGCACAGCCUCGAGCCAGGAUCUACUAGACUGGUUGAUUGCGUUGAUCCCGAAGUUCGAAAGAUUGUUUAUUGUUAUUGAUGCCCCUGACGAGCAAGAAGAUGUAACUUUACGAGAUGAGUUGCUUCAGGAUGUUCUAAAAGUUGCCAAUACAGGUGGUUUCUGCUAUAUUAGUAGUCGGCCUAACCUUCGCAGUGCAUUUACACAAGCUAUACAUCUGGAGAUUCGACCUUCAUAUCAUGAUGUCAAAGCAUAUAUAACAGAUUAUAUUGACAGCCAUCCAUCUGCUCGCUUGCUCCUAGGACAGCAUCUUCGAGAAAAAGUGGUGCCUCGGCUAAUUGAGUGUGCAGAUGGAAUGUUUCUACCCGUCAAGUUUCAAUUGGAGUAUCUUUUCCAGUACACUACAGCAAGGGAGGUGUUAAAUCAGUUAGAUACGAUGAGCGAGAGACUGAAAGAGGAAAAUAUCCUUAAUCAAUCCUAUGAACGUGCCAUCAGGACAGUCCAGAGGCAGUCACAACCCAAGCAAAACCUGGCACUUGAGGUCUUCAGCUGGUUGUUAGCGGCCAGAAGAACACUCACUAUAAUGGAGUUGUGCACAGCGAUAUCCGUGCGUCCAGAAUUGACUGAGGUUGAUGAACUUGCAAUACCUUCUCACGACAUGAUCAUUGAUGUUUGUGGCGGCUUCGUUGCUCUCGAUGAAGCGAGUAAGAAUGUCCGCAUCGCACACGCCACGGCGAGGGACUAUUUAAUUAAAGUACUGCCUGAACUGAGUCUUCCUACUGAUAUUGUGGCGAUCGUGCUGGCCACAUAUUUGACUUUUAGUCCUUUCAAUCCAGGGUGGACCGGAUCUCAGGAAGCUUUUAACAUGCGUCGAGAAAAACAUGUGCUCUUGGAUUACGCUGCUCACUACGUCAGUCUACAUGCGCGGGCUGAAAAAAAGCACAAAAGCCAGGUAGAAGCUGUUGUAUUGAAACUUUGCAAGUCGCCAGGCUUGGCUUCAUCUUUCAUACAAGCAUUCUAUGCUCCCCCAGACGUCCUCAAUGGUUUUGACUGGUUCCCUAACGAAAGCACACCGUUACACGUAGCCGUGACCAUUGGCUUACUUGAGACCGUUACAGCGCUUCUCGACGAUAAAGAAAGCGUGUCAAGAAUCUCGGCUCGAAAUUCUAAAGGCCAAACACCGCUACACAUUGCCGCUAUAUAUGGCCAUACUGAUAUAGCCGAAUAUCUAUUGAAGAAAGGUGCUAGUCCUACCGAUCAAGAUCGGUAUGGAAUGGCACCGUUCUGCUAUGCCGUCAGUGAAGGCCAUGUCAAAAUCGUUGAAAAGUGUUUUCAAGGAAACAAAAAAGUUAAGCAAGAGUUGUUAGAAUUGACACUGAACAAUGGAGACACGGCUCUUCAUAUUGCCACCACCAAAGGCCACGUCGAUAUUGUCUUGCUACUUUUGCAGUUCAAUGCACCAAUUGAUGUAAAGAAUAAAAAGGGUCUAACGCCUCGGGACUUGGCUAUGAGGUCAGCUUCAGUACUUAUGCAGAACACCUUCAUUUCAUGGCAUGAUGUAAAGUCCAGCAGUACGCCAGAGGGCCCGAGGUCUUUUUACCAGCCGCUUUGGAGCGGCUUUCGAGGUAUCUUUGAGGAUAUCGUGGGCGUUGAGAAUUCGAGAGGCAGGUCUACAGACCACCUGUCCACACCGAAAUCUAUUGAACGUGCCUGCAGCAAUGUUUUGUCCGUUCAUCGGGGUAGUACCGCCCCAGUUUCUGGGGAGCAUUAUCAGACCCCAAAUACGGGCCAUGAUCCGGUCACGCAUACGGCACAGCCCCACGCUGAAGAGUCUUCGGGCUCUCCAGAAGGUGGAUUGGCCAUUAGCUACUCCGACCGCGAUCGUCAUUGUCACUAUUUGAUCCCCGCCACUCUAUUUGAUCGAGUCAUCGAGUUAUCCGAUCGCCAAUGCACUCUCGUCGAUACGUCCGACCCCGGAGAAAGAAGCAACAAUGAGGGAAACGAUCACAUUCCACAAGACCCUCUUCGUAUGUCAUGGGCUUGUCGUCUGGAGGCCGACACGAAUCUCCGUUGUCUCUUCACUGGCCUACCGAAGGGUCUGUACGCCGCAUUCUGGCAAUUCUCUUACAGGAUAACGUCAGAGUAUAACGGCUCAUACUUACCAAAAAACCUGUACAAUUGCACAUUUGGUCGAGCAGUCGACCCCGAGAUGUUUGCUUCAAGGAUUUCCAACCCUUUGCAACCUUUCAUCUCGACGACUUUGAAUUUCAUCAAUCCGUUAUGCGUUGCUCAGUUGACUGUUCCGAGAUUUGAGCCCCUUCAAAUCGAAGUUCCUAACAUCUUCAUUCAUCAGGCGUUUAUGGAACAGGAGAUUAGCAUGCAGGCGAGGACCGCCUUACAGGUUGACUGGGAUGGUUCUGUUGCAUUCCUGAUCAAGAAAGUUGGCAGCGCACCUAUCGAAGGGUACCUGUGUUUCAAGUGGGUAGAAAUGGUCAGAAUAAAUGCUGAUAAUGUAGAGGAUUUUCUUACAGAGACCGCAGAGCAGAGCAGACCUAUGGAAGUGAGAUAG